CACCCUUAUUUUAUCCUGCUUUCGCCUAAUUGUUUGAUCCAGCUUUUUGCAUCAAGAUGAUCCGAACGCUACUGCCACAAAUGCUACCGUCACAAACGCAGAGACUAGGGCGUCUCCACACCACCAGGAGGUUGGGUGCCAGCGCAAAGCGGUGCGAGCAGCCACGAGUCAACCAACUCGGAAUCCAGUACUUAUCAGAAGGACUCCACAAAAAGGUAUUUCCCAAAAAUCCUCCCAAAACCUACCUAAAACCUAAUAACCAAGCACUUGUUAGUAUCGCCAAAAACCACCUUAAGCACCACGGGCUUUUUGGGAAGAAAACACAGCUCUACGAUCCUAUCAACAUCGAGAAUUUUCCAAACUUGGUGGGAAACAAUACUCUCGAUGAGCACUUUUUCAAGAUCGGGUUGAAGAGCAGCGAGCCAUACUUGGGGAUGUGUAAUGAGUUUUUCAAGGAAGGGUCCACGCUACCGCCGAAGCCCUCCAAGUGGGUCUUCAAGCCUGGCUGGUACCGGUACGAGGAGAAUAAAGAACCAGAACAUGUGAAAUACCCGUUGGAGCCUGAGAUAGUUUUCGACGUGGAAGUGAUGUACAAACGGUCGCCAUACGCAGUGAUAGCCACGGCGGUGACGCCCAAGGCGUGGUACGGGUGGGUUUCGCCGUUCCUCACCAACUUUGCCAAAGACCAGACCCACGACGACUGGGAACAUCUCAUACCCAUGAACACUCUCAAGGAGGAAAAGCUCAUAGUGGGGCACAAUGUCUCGUACGAUAGAGCCCGGAUUCUCGAGGAGUAUAACAUCCACCAGUCCAAAGCGUUUUUUUUGGAUAGCAUGUCACUCCAUAUCGCCGUAUCUGGCUUAUGUUCCAACCAGCGAACCCUUUGGCAGAAGCACAACAAGUCUGCCACUAAAAUCAACGAAGCAGAAGACCUUGAAGAUCUCAACGAAGCCGACGGAACGGGAGAACUCCCGUAUAUCGACUAUAUCACCGAGUUCACCCAAGAUCUCGAAGAUAACCCAUGGCUUUCGAAAGGUUCACCCAACUCAUUGGCAAGUGUCGCCAACUUCCACUGUGGUUUCAAACUCGACAAGCAAGCACGGGACGUGUUCUCGACGUUAGAGCCGAUGGAAAUCAUUGAAGAUUUCGAUAAUUUAAUGGAUUAUUGCUCUAAUGAUGUGAAUGCGACCUUUGAGGUCACCAAGAAGCUCUUCCCGAUAUUUAAGGAGAAGGCUCCUCACCCGGUGUCGUUUGCAGCUUUGAAGCCUCUUGGUUCGUUGAUGUUGCCCACCACCAAGAAAUGGGAUAACUACCUCGAGAGUGCAGAACAUGUGUACCAAGAGAACAGAGACUCUGUGACCAAUAUUCUCAAGGACAGAGUAAAUGAGUUGGUGAGGUUCAUUGAUACUGGAGACGAAGGUCUGAGACCCGAUAUCAAAAAUGACCCAUGGAUUGGACAGUUGGACUGGACCAUCAAACAGCCCAGGUUGAAGAAGAAUGGGGAGCCGUAUGCAAAGCAGGCCUAUCUUACGGGCUACCCCGAAUGGUAUAGAGAGCUCUUCAAGUCUCCAGCAGACUCGAAAGCAGGACAGAGAGAGAUGAAUAUCUCUGUGCGUACCAGAAUCACCCCUUUAUUAUUGAAGUUGAAGUGGGAAGGUCACAGCAUUUUUUGGACCGACAGCAAUGGAUGGUGUUUCAAGGUUCGGUAUAAUGAGGAAGAAGUUAGGCGAAUCGAGGCCAAAAACUAUAUCAGAGCCAAGUUGACGGAAGAAGACUUGGAGAUUUAUGAAGAAGAACUUCAGCCCACUGAUAAUACUUGGUACGAAUUGUUCAAGAUCCCACAUCCUGAUGGAAACAGCAAAAGAUGUACGGCAAUCAUGUCCAAAUCGUAUUCCCAAUACUUCCAAGAUGGAACAUUGACAUCCGAGUACACUUAUGCGCAAGAAAUUCUUGAUUUGAACUCCACCGCGUCGUACUGGAUGGGUAAUAGAAGAAGAAUCUUGGAGCAGUUUGUAGUCUACUCCGACCCAUUCCAGAGCAAAAAUAUCUUCUUCAAUACCAAAAAAGAGUCAAAGAACCACCCUGAUAUGGGGAUUAUCUUGCCCAAAUUGGUUACCAUGGGGACCAUCACCAGAAGAGCCACUGAAAACACAUGGUUAACUGCUUCUAACGCCAAGAAGAAUAGAAUAGGAUCCGAAUUGAAGUCUCUCGUUGAAGCUCCAGAAGGAUACGUGAUUGUGGGAGCAGAUGUGGAUUCAGAAGAGUUGUGGAUAGCUGCUUUGAUCGGGGAUUCUGCAUUCAAGGUCCACGGGAGUACUGCAUUAUCGUGGAUGACAUUGGAAGGAGACAAGAACCAUGGCACCGACUUACACUCCAAGACAGCAGAAAUCCUAGGUAUCAGCAGAGGUGAUGCCAAGAUCUUCAACUACGGGAGAAUCUAUGGGGCUGGGGUGAAGUUUGCAACCACUUUGUUGAAACAGUGCAACAACAAGUUGAGCGACAAAGAAGCAGAAGCCAUGGCCAAGAAGUUGUAUUCAGAGACGAAGGGUAAUAUUGGGAACUCUAAGCUUUUAAAGCGGAAACUCUACCACGGAGGAACCGAAAGUGUGAUGUUUAAUGCUUUGGAAUCGAUCGCUCAGUUCGAUGAUCCCAGAACUCCAGUGUUAGGAUCCUCCAUCACUGAUGCCUUAACUGCCAAAAACUUGAACAAGAACAAUUUCUUAACUUCCCGAGUGAACUGGGCAAUCCAGAGUUCGGGUGUCGACUAUUUACAUCUCUUGAUUGUGUCGAUGGAGUACUUGAUUAACAAGUACAAGCUUGAUGCUCGGUUGAUGAUAACUGUUCAUGAUGAGGUCAGGUACUUGGUGAAGGAGGAAGACAAGUAUAAGCUGGCAUUAUUGUUGCAAAUCAGCAACUUAUGGACCAGAGCCAUGUUUGUGGAACGGCUUGGAUUCAAUGAACUUCCCCAGUCGGUUGCGUUUUUCUCUGAAGUUGACAUCGACAAGGUUUUGAGGAAGGAGGUCACUUUGGACUGUAUUACUCCGUCACAGCCAAACGCGAUUCCAAGUGGAGAGUCUUUGGAUAUAUACAAGUUGUUGGAGAAGCUUGAAACCAGUGAAGUAUUGAAGCUUUCCAACUCCAAUGAUGCCAUCCGCAAAAACGACGUGAACCUCCAGUUUAAGAGUAAUCCCAAGAUCUUAGAGAAAUUGGAAGGAGGACUCGACAACGAGAUGCUAGCCAUUAAGCUACAAAUGGAGGUGGCCACUUCAAAAGAAGACUGGCGACGGAAUCUUUUUGAGUUUGGUAAGUUGCAGAGACAAAGCCACUAUAACUACUUUGAACCACCUAAACGGAUAACAAAGAUGGAAGAAUAUGAUAUUGUCAGCGAUGGUAGCAAGGACCUUGAGGAAAUUAUUGGAGCCAAGAUCAAGAAACAAAAGAAACUGGAGGGGACUAAGAAACCAUUGAGCAACCUGGAAAACACCAAAUUACCUAACAAGCCAUUGAAUAAGUUCUUGAAUAAGCCAUUGAAUAAGCCCACGUAUAAGCCAUUCAAUAAGGUUUUAAACACGUUCAUGAAUAAGCCCAUGAAUAAGCCAUUGAAUAAGGUUUUAAACAAGUCCACGAAUGAGCCAUUGAAUAAGGUUUUAAAUACGUCCACGAAUAAGCCAUUGAUGAAUCCUUUGAACGAGCAGCACAAUGAUACCUUUGAACAACAGUCAUAUCCAAAAUCAGAGAUGAACGAUACGUCAGCGGGCUUUCAACUAUCACGGCUGGCCGGUAUGGAGUUGACACAGUCAGCACCUACCGCCAAGCUACGACAGUCUCAACUGGCGAGCACAUCAACAUUCCUAGGUUACCUGAAACUACCUGAAGGUGCAGCAAAUACUCACGAUCCCGGGGGUAGUACGCUGGGCCGACGAACCACGAAGUUAUUUCAGGACCUGGUGAAGUUGAUACCGGUACAGCGACGAAGACGUAGCUCAUUACUCUAGUUCCUAUCGGAUCGGAUAACGUUUUUGGAGCAAGGCCCAACAUUCCUCAUUAUUGAAAUUGAGAGAAGGGCCUUUCUUUUGUUUGUUUUGUGCUGCCAUUAGACAAUUGAUGAUGCUUGUAUCGUCAUUGUAGUGUAAAUUUUGUAAACUACCGACACAGCUUCAAAGUGUUUUAAAGAAUCUGUAUUUAGAGAUGAAUGUACGAUAAGAAUAGCGAGAUGAGCCGGUGCAGUUCCACGACCACUAUCGGUUAUAAAGCGGUUGGACACCCGGACCGACCGAGGGUGACGAGUAAUCGGUAAUGGUGGUGAAUAUCCGCAUAUACCGAGGGUACUGGAUGCACUCGGGAAUACUAGCAGCAUACUAAGUGGUAGCCCUACCAUUAGAGAACCACUUAAACCCUUGUCUCCCAUUGAAAGAUCUUUGGGUGUGGCCUGGCGAGUUUUGAAAUAUUAAGCAAAAAACUUUCCCCAGGGGCGGGUGCGGCAGGGCCGGGGUCAAGCUCUGAAAUCCGGGUAGAUGUGCUGAAUGCGGGAAAAGCCUAGCUUCUUUAAAUGGGCAUACGACCGAAUGAGGAUAUGCAGCUAGCAAAUUUCGUUGGUUUUUGACAAAUACCUCAUUCAUACAAUUGUCCAUACACUGUAUUCAACCAGCCGUGUUUCAUUAACAGGUAUGCGCAUUUCGAUAAACAUCCACACCUACCAACUGUUCCAAAGUGGGGUGAAAAAAUCACCUCCUUGAACCCUGCAAAACGAUCUAUUUUGUUGCUGACCGAGUAAACCUUAAAGUAAACAU